ACAUCUACACAUCAGGUUUAUAAAUAUCAAAUCAGUACGUACACAAAUAAUUAACAUUGUUAGUGUGUAAGCUAAUUGUCCUGACAUGUUCAAACACAGGCACUAUCCUCCUUUUGCACUGCUUUGAAAUCAAUUGGAGAUGUGUGGACGAAUAACAAUGAGUGGAUGGCCAAAUGCAAUUAUGAUUCAUAUGAUAAGAUGUCAAACAAUGAUUUGGACCAACUAGCAUCGGCAAUACUUGAUGAGAUAAUUAAGGUGGCAAGAGAAAGGCUGUUUGACAUGAUGGAUGAAGAUGAACAGAUGAAAGAUUGCAAUCCCGAAGCCAGUGGAUCCGAAAGCCCUUUAUCAGAAUCCUAUUCAGACUACAAAACCCCCUUAUGUUGUUCUCCAGACACCCCAACUUCAGUCCUUCCAAUGAUGAUAAAUUCUUCUGCUAAAGUUGGAGACUCCGGAAAGAUUUCUUCUUAUUCCUCAUCUCUUUUGCCUCUCAGAGUUCAAGCUGUUGGAAAGUUGAAUCCCAUUGAUGUAAAGCGCCUCUCGUUCCACAUGUUCCCCCAUAUAGAUUACAACACCCUGAAGCAGAUGAACAAGACAUACGAGGAAUUGAAGUUGGAAAAAGAAGCAAAGAAUGAUUCUGAAGUGACAGCUGCAGGUACUUUUGAGGUCAGCAAGGAUUGCAAAAUGACACAGGAUAUACCAAAGAAUUCAAUGACUAAUUUUGACGAAAUAACUAGCAACGAAGAAAGAAAUUGGAUUGGCAACUCAAAUAAUACAGCAGCUCCCGUGAGCUUAGCAAGUGGAGCCACGGAUGUGUUGUUACCAGUGCCAUCACACCCCAAGUUCCAGCCAAAAGCAGUAGCAGCGGAGAUGCCACUGCCACGAACAUCACCACCCAUGUUGCACAAAAGAGUAGCAUCAGCACCACCACUUAUGAUACGAAAUGCAGUAGCAUUACUGUCAUCGCCACCACCUCUGCUACUCGCGUUGUCACCAAAUACAGCAGUAUCACCACCAUCACACCCCAAGUUGCAACCAAAUGCAGUAGCAGCGGAGGUGCCACUGCCACGAACAUCACCACCCAUGUUGCUCAAUAGGGUAGCAUCAGCACCACCACUUAUGAUACCAAAUGCAGUAGUAUUACCGUCACGGCCACCACCUCCGCCACUCGCGUUGUCACCAAGUGCAGUAGUAUCACCACCAUCACAAACCAAGUUGCAACCAAAUGCAGUAGCAGCGGAGGUGCCACUGCCACGAACAUCACCACCCGUGUUGCUCAAAAAAGUAGCAUCAGCACCAUCACUUAUGCUACCAAAUGCAGUAGCAUUACCGUCACUGUCACUGCCACUACCUCCGCCACUCGCGUUGUCACCAAAUGCAGCAAUAUCACCACCAUCACCACCACCACUAUCAAUGCUGGCACUCACUGUACCAUCUUUGCCCCCCGCGCCCUCAUCACCACCCAAAUUGCCAAAUGCAGCAUCAGGAUCAGCAUCCCUAUCACCACCGCCCCUCAUGGCAUCAGCAAAUACAACAAUGCUGCCUUCGCUGCCACCACCACAUCUAACACUAGGAAACUCAACUAUGCCAUCGUCAUCACUGCUCCCACAGCCCAUGACAUCAAGAAAUAUAGCAUCCCCACUACCGCCACCUCCACCGCCCAUGACGUCAGGAAAUAUAGCAACCCCACUACCGCCUCCACCACCACCGCAGCCCGUGACAUCAGGAAAUAUAGCAACCACACUACCGCCUCCACCACCUCCGCCGCCCAUGACAUCAGGAAAUAUAGCAACCCCACUACUGCCUCCACCACCUCCACCGCCCAUGACAUCGGGAAAUAUAGCAACCCCACUACCGCCUCCACCGCCGCCGCAACCUAUGACAUCAGCAAACAUAGCAACCCCACUACCACCGCCACCGCCACCACCAAUCCCUUCAAAUGGAACAGUGCCAUCACCACCACCACCUAUGCCAUUGACAAAGGGGGGGGCUCCCCCGCCACCUCCUGCUCUUGGUGGUGCUAAAUCCCUACGUCCAAAGAAAGCAGCUACUAAAUUGAAGAGAUCAUCCCAGAUGGGUAAUUUGUAUCGACUUCUCAAGGGGAAGGUGGAAGGAUCUAGUCUAAAUGGUAAAUCAGACCAAGGUGGGAGAAAGAGUAAAAUUGGGUCCUCACCUAGUGGAAAACAGGGAAUGGCUGAUGCCCUAGCAGAGAUGACAAAGAGAUCCAAACAUUUUCAACAAAUUGAAGAGGAUGUAAAAAAUCAUGCAAAAUCAAUCAUGGAGGUGAAAACUGCCAUUAGCUCUUUCCAAACGACAGACAUGGCUGAGCUCCUUAAGUUCCAUAAACACAUGGAAUCCCAUCUUGAGAAACUAACUGAUGAAUCUCAGGUGCUGGCAAGGUUUGAAGGUUUUCCGGGAAAGAAGUUGGAAGCACUAAGGAUGGCAGCUGCACUAUACUCCAAGUUAGAUGUGAUGGUCAAUAAUCUACAGAACUGGAAGGUGGAGUCUCCCUUGGGCCAACUCCUUGACAAGCUUGAGCCUUACUUCAAUAAGAUCAAAGGAGAACUGGAUGCUCUGGAAAGAACUAAGGAUGAAGAAUCUAAGAAAUUCCAAAGUCACAAGAUCAUUUUCGACUUCAGUAUCCUUAUAAAGAUCAAAGAAUUGAUGGUGGAUGUUUCUUCAAGCUGCAUGGAGUUGGCACUUAAGGAGAGAAGAGAUGCGAAGGCAAAAGAAAAUUCUGAAAAAGGAUCUAAAGCUGAGGAGCGAAAAAGGGGGUCUAUUAAAAUGCUUUGGAAGGCUUUUCAGUUUGCAUUCCGGGUCUAUACAUUUGCUGGUGGACAUGAUGAUCGUGCUGACAAGCUGACGAGAGAACUGGCUCAAGAAAUAGAAAUUGAUCCUCAUCACUAGUAAAACAUAUUUUUUAAAAAUUUUGGGAAAGAGAAUAUAUAUAUAUAUAUAUAUAUAUAUAUAUAUAUAUAUAUAUAUAAAAUAUAGAAAA